UGGGAACUUGUGAUUCAUUCGCCUUGCUUGGCCUCGCAUGUCGGUUUGCCUUGACCGAUCUAUUUGACAGUAAGAUAGAUCGAUACUUUGAGGACUGCAGAUGGUCCUUGGGCUCGUCAUUGCAGCCAGAUCGAAUAGAUCGAAUGAUAAGAAGGGGUCUUCGUGGCGACGAGCUUUAUCUGCAAAAACUUCGACUGCACUCAGCUUUCACGACAUCCGUCAGGACAAUCAUGCAAGCAGCAGUCAGGUUGUCGGAUGGGCGAACCUGGAGAAUCUCGAUCGACCUCAACAUGUCGAGUGCAUUGAACACAUCUCCAGUGCAAGAAGGCACUACCAUGAGGCAGUGCAGCAGAUUGACCCGCUGAUAUCCUCCAAUACGUCAGACGAGUUGCGUCUAAAUGAGGAAUUUUUUCAGCCACAUUUGCCUGAUGACCUGCUACAUGCAAUCGAACGAGAGCAUGAGGAGCUCAUCCCUUACAAGGGGAGAUAUUUGAAGGGGAGACCAGUCAUCGAAGUCUUUCGAUAUUUUUGCACGAUUCUGCAAGUGCCUGCACUGCAAUGUCGGGUGCCCAAUGUAGGCUUCUGCGGUGAUCGAGAAUUCUAUUGUGCCUUGCAUGAUGCUGUUUUUAAUGGCAAGGCCAAGGCAGCCAUCUGGCUCUUGGAGCAGCAUGCAGACCCUUCAGUGAAGAACAUGGAAGGAUACACGGCCCUGCAUUGGUUGGCUUUGCGAAGUAUGGACGAAGACUCAGAUGUGGAGGAAGUUGUGCGAAGCCUUAUUCGAAGCCGCGCCUCCGUGGAGCAAAGCACAGAAGAAGGCAAGAUUCCUUUAGAGAUGGCAGUGAAGCCUGGAAGCCUUUUCCCGAAGCAUUUGCUCUACUUGCUCGCGCCCUCAUACCAGGCAUUGGAUGGAGCCCAGGUCCGGCUUCACAAUUGCUCAUUCUUUGAGGACCUCGCGCUCAUGUCUAGCCACAGUGGCAAAGCUGCCCAGGACUUUGCGGAUCGUAUUGCUACGCUUCCAGUUGCCGUGGCAAAACACAAAGCAAUCGCAGAUGCACAGCACGAAAAUGCUGUGGAUUGCAUGGCAAGCCUGCUGCAGAUGGCUCCUGAAGCAGCUGCGGUGAUGCUGGGGUUGCUGUUGGCACGGCCAAUCCAGGAGAAUCCUGGACACCAUUCCCUCAGCUCUCGAGCCAUUCUUUGGGGCCGAACUCUGCAAUGUGCAUACAAGCCGGACCAGCGGAUGACUCGCUUGGGGCCGCGCCAGAAUCUGGUCCGCUGGCCUGAGUGGAAAUACGACGCCACUCUGGGACAUGCACCUACCUGGCAUGGCAAGUUGUUGCAGGUGCCACAAGAGCACCAAGCUCGUAGUUCAAAAGUCUUUGACGUGGAGACUCUCGUCUUGCUUUUGCCCAACAUUUUGGACAUCGAUAUCUUCAUGGCUCUGGCUUCUACCAGAAGUGUGCACAGGCAAAUUUUUAACUCACUGCCAGUCAAAGCUGCAGUGCAUUGCCUGUGGAUGGAGCUCAUAAGCACGGUAUUUGGUCUCACAUUGAUUUUCAACUUCAUGGACCUGCUAAUCUUUGCCUGCUGGGGUUUGACACCUGCGGGACGUCCACUACUCUGGCGUCUCACAAGCUCCAACAACCAGGACAUCGGUACAAACUCCAGUUUGCAAUUCCCUCGAUUUGCAAAUUUUCUCUUGGCUGGUCUCCUGCGCAACUUGGUUUUAAGGUGA